AUGAAGCAGGAAGAGAAGGAGGUUCGCCUUCUGAUGCUUGGCCUGGACAACGCAGGCAAAACAACUAUUCUCAAGAAGUUCAAUGGUGAACCUGUGGACACCAUUUCGCCGACUCUCGGCUUCAACAUCAAGACCCUCGAGUACGAGGGCUACAAGCUGAAUAUUUGGGACAUCGGUGGACAAAAGACAAUACGAAGCUAUUGGAGGAACUAUUUUGAGGCGACUGAUGGUCUUGUGUGGGUCGUUGACUCCGCAGAUCGCCAGCGCUUGGAGGAUUGCAAGCAAGAGUUGGACCGGCUCCUCCAGGAGGAGCGCUUAGCAGGCGCCACGUUGCUGAUCUUCGCGAACAAGCAAGAUCUACCCGGAGCUAUGACUGCUCCAGAGAUUCGAGAUUUCCUCCAGCUUGAAGAGAUCAAGCGGCGGCACUGGUGCAUCCUGGCUUGCUCCGCCUACACGGGCGAGGGGCUUCUGGAAGGAGUGAGAUGGCUCGUCUCCGAUAUUUCCUCGCGAGUUUUCUUUCUGGAUUGA